AUGGCGAACUCAACACAAGUGCCAUACUACUACAAAACUACUUAUCAUAGUUCUCCCACAUACCUUUACCCAUCUAAAAGACCACCUGAUGACGUAGAGAUUAAAAACCACACAAUAAUAGUUAAAACCAGGCAAGCUUACCAAAAAGUAGACUAUAGAAAUGGCACGAAUAAUACAAGUGGAAAUUUUAUGAUGCUAGUUGAAGAUUUUAGUGAUUAUUUCUAUGGCAAUACUAGCCAUGAUAUAUUUAGUGAGCAUAACGGUACCUUAGAUGUAUUAAAUGAUGUGUACGAGUAUACAAAUUGUUCUAUAAAUGGGACUUUUAAUAUAUCUUGCUUCAAUAGGGCAGAGUUGAUGCCCGAGUAUAAUUUUUGGGCAUUACUGUUGUUGAUAUUUCCAUUUUUUACUUUGUUUGGGAAUGUGUUAGUGAUAAUGAGUGUCGUGAGAGAAAGAACACUGCAGACUGUGACGAAUUACUUUAUUGUGAGUUUGGCUGUAGCAGAUCUGUUGGUGGCAGUGGUCGUGAUGCCGUUUGGAGUUUACUAUUUGGUGAAUGGUUCCUGGGGGCUGCCAGCGUUUGUAUGCGACGUGUACAUCGCUAUGGACGUCACCUCUUCCACUUCUAGCAUAUUCAACUUAGUCGCCAUCUCUGUUGAUAGGUAUAUAGCAGUAACCCAGCCAAUAAAAUACGCAAAGCACAAGAACAACAGACGAGUCUGGUUCACCAUAGUCCUGGUCUGGCUGAUCUCCGCCGCGAUAGGAGCUCCCAUUGUCCUGGGUCUCAACGACACCCCGGACAGAAACUUCGACGAAUGCCUCUUCAACAGCCAGAACUAUGUCAUCUAUUCUUCAUUGGGAUCCUUCUACAUACCCUGCAUCAUGAUGAUGUUUCUGUACUAUAAUAUAUUUAAGGCAUUAAGAAAUCGAGCUAAAAAGCAGCGAGCAGCCAAGAAACCUCCUAUAUCAGGCGAUCCCACCACGGGGGCCACCACAGCUGUAGUAAUAGAAAAUGUCGCGCAAACCAGAAGAUUGGCAGAAACAGCGUUGCAUGAUGAUAGACCAACUAAUACAGGAUCUGGAAGCAAUGAAGAUGACCAUGAGGAUAGUUUCGAUAAAAGAUCAGCUGACUUGGAGGCGGAUGCAGACGACUGUCACGUGAUACCCAACGACAAAUCUACGGAGUUCAUGUUAGCAACAGUCGCCGAGGAAACAAACACACCUAAAAGAAACUUGAAAUCCCAGCCUCCUGAUCCAAACGGGAACAACGAUUCAGGAUACGCGCCGUCCAACUUAGAAGAGACAAUCAGGGAACACAUGUCACCCCCAGGAUCGCCAGGGUUGAAAGAUGCAACGGUACUCAAGAAUAUGAGCUGUGAUGGUUCCAAAUGGAAAAAGAAUGGAAAAGCCGCCAAGUUAGUAGUAGACUCGAGAAACGUCUCACUAGCAGUGCGUUCAGAAGAUGAGCACGAAACGAGUCACUACGACCUCAGUGACGGGUCGUCAGCGAAGAAGGAGAGGAAGGCCAGCGCAGCGACAGCACGGUUCACCAUUUACAAGGCUAACAAGGCCAGUAAGAAAAAGAGGGAGAAGUCUUCCGCGAAAAAAGAGAGAAAAGCUACUAAAACGUUGGCGAUUGUGUUAGGUGUGUUCUUAUUCUGUUGGGCGCCGUUCUUCACAUGUUCCGUACUUGGUGCUAUUUGUGACAAAUUCCAAUUGCCGUUUUCACCAGGAGUGACUACUUUCAUACUGACCACUUGGUUAGGCUACAUCAACUCGUUCCUCAACCCCGUAAUUUACACAAUAUUCAACCCAGAAUUCCGAAAGGCCUUCCGGAAAAUAUUGAAAUGCGGCACCUAG